AUGUGCUCCUUCUCGGAGUGGAAGUGCUAUCCGGAAGGCCUGCGCUACAUCGCUAAGGAUGGCCGCACCUUCUUCUACGGCACGAGGAAGGCCUACCGCCUCGGGCUGCGGAAGGUCAAGGCCCAAAGGAUCACCUGGACCACUGUGCGCAGACUGAACCACAAACUCAAGGCCUCCGAGCUCAAGAACCGGAAGAAGAAGAGGGCCGAAAAGAAGGAGCGGCCCAUCGAGGGCAUUUCCCUCGAGGAGAUCAAGAAGACCAAGAACCUCAAGGACUCAGAGAAAAAGGCCAUCGCGGAGCAGGCGGUCCGAGAGCUGCAGGAGCGCCGCAAGAAGGAGGCCGAGAAGAAGAAGAACGAGAGGAAGGCCGAGGCCGGUAAGAACAAGGCUGCCAGGAAGGACGAGGACAAGCGCAAGAAGGCCGACGACAAGGGCAAGGGCGGCAAAGGCGCUGCCCCAAGGGAAAGCGCAGAUGAACAUCCCCAUCCCAUAGCAGGUCUGGUCCCGCAGCUAGGUCCAGGCCUUCCUGGCAACCUGCUGCUCAGCUGA